UAAACCAAAUGGGGUACAUUAAUAAAACAAAGAGCAAGUAAUUUUCAAGAAUCCAACGUUAAUUAAAUUAUAGUGAUAAAAAUUGUAAACUACGGAAAGAGCCUAUAUUGAUAGUUUCCGCCAUCUUCAAAGUAUUUCAAAACAAUCUCUGUCAAUUCUUGAUACUUUCUGUUUCCCUCUUUUGUCACCACUCACCACAUUCUCUUCCCUCUCCUCCUCUACGCCAACCGCCCCACCAACUUCCUCACUUUCACACUCUCUCUCCUCCGAGCUCUCAACAAUGGCGGAAGAUUCAGAAAAAAUGGUGUACCUCCACGGAGAUCUCGACCUCACAAUCCACGAAGCUCGCGACUUACCCAACAUGGACAUCACCUCCGAACGCCUCCGUCUCUGCUUCACUGCCUGCAACACUUGCUGUUCCACCCCCCGAGACGACCACCUUCCUCCAAAGAAUUCCAAGAAUCAACAUCGACAUCGGCCUCACAUCAUCACUAGCGACCCUUACGUCGCCGUUGUAGUCCCUCAAGCCACGAUUGCGCGUACCCGAGUUCUCAAAAACUCGCAGGAUCCUGAGUGGAACGAGCAUUUCAUCAUACCUAUUGCGCACCCAAUAACUAAUAUCGAGUUCCAGGUUAAAGACGACGACGUUUUCGGGGCUCAGGUUAUUGGAAUUUUCUCGCUUCCUGCUUCCAGGCUUUUAUCAGAGGAACAUAUUAAAGGGUGGCAGCCAAUUUACUCUCCUUCGACUGGGAAACCGCCGAAACCGGAAUCGGCAAUUCGAAUCGAUCUGAAAUAUACUCCUUGUGAGAGGAUUCCAGAUCUUAAUGUUACUCUGAAUGGGGUGAAAUCGACUUAUUUUCCGUUGAGAAAGGGGAGUUUGGUGAAAUUGUAUCAAGAUUCUCACGGGAAACCUGAUUAUUUGCCAGAAAUUAAGUUAGAUGGUGGUGAAAUUUAUAAACAGAAUACUUGUUGGGAAGAUAUAUGUUAUGCUAUUUGUGAAGCUCAUCAUAUGAUUUAUAUAGUUGGUUGGUCUGUAUUUCAUAAAGUUAAGUUAGUGAGAGAACCCACUAAGCCAUUGCCAAGAGGAGGUGAUCUUAUACUUGGGGAUUUGUUGAAGUAUAAGUCUGAAGAAGGUGUUAGGGUUUUGUUGCUUGUUUGGGAUGAUAAGACUUCUCAUAACAAGUAUUUCAUCAACACGGAAGGGGUUAUGCAAACACACGAUGAGGAAACACGGAAGUUUUUCAAGCAUUCUUCAGUUAAUUGCGUUUUAUCACCUCGUUAUGGCAGCAGUAAACUUGGCUACUUCAAGCAACAGGUUGUUGGAACUUUGUUUACGCAUCAUCAGAAAUGUGUUCUUGUAGAUACACAGGCAUCUGGUAACAACAGAAAGGUUACCGCUUUCAUAGGAGGUAUAGAUCUGUGUGAUGGGCGCUAUGACACACCUGAGCACAGACUUUUCCGUGAUCUUGACACAGUUUUCAAAGAUGAUUUUCACAACCCCACAUUUCCUGCUGGAACAAGAGCUCCAAGGCAGCCAUGGCAUGACUUGCAUUGCAGAAUUGACGGUCCUGCUGCGUAUGAUGUCCUAAUAAAUUUUGAGCAGAGGUGGAAAAAGGCUACAAAAUUUAGAGAGUUUGGAUUUCGGAAGAAGAUGUCUCGUUGGCACGAUGAUUCUUUAAUCAAGUUAGAUCGUAUCUCUUGGAUACUUAGCCCUAAGCGUUCAUCCAAAGAUGAUGAGCUUACUGAAGUCCCGAAAGAGGAUCCUGAACUAUGGGUUUCAAAGGAAGGGCAUUCAGAAAAUUGGCAUGUUCAGAUAUUCCGUUCGAUUGACUCGGGAUCACUGAGGGGAUUCCCUAAAACGGUCUCUCAAGCCAAGUCUCAGAAUCUUGAGUGUGCCAAAAAUUUGGUGAUUGAUAAAAGCAUACAAACAGCAUAUAUCCAGGCAAUCAGAUCUGCACAGCGCUUUAUAUAUAUUGAAAAUCAGUAUUUUAUCGGAUCAUCUUAUGGAUGGCCUUCUUACAAAAAUGCAGGUGCUGAUAAUAUGAUCCCUAUGGAGUUGGCUUUAAAAAUUGUCAGUAAAAUUAGAGCCAAGGAAAGAUUUGCGGUGUAUAUUAUCAUACCAAUGUGGCCAGAAGGUGAUCCAAAGUCUGCUGCUGUGCAAGAAAUUCUUUAUUGGCAGAGUCAGACGAUGCAAAUGAUGUAUGAAGUUGUUGCUCGUGAACUGAAAACAAUGCAGCUAACAGAUUUGCGUCUUCAAGAUUAUCUAAAUUUCUAUUGCCUUGGUAAUCGAGAAGAAGUUCCUGAGGAGUCUCUGAAGGAAGCAGAGCAAUCAAGUGACAAGAUUUCAGAUUCAUACAAAUACCGCAGAUUUAUGAUCUAUGUACAUGCAAAGGGAAUGAUUGUUGAUGAUGAGUAUGUUUUAAUGGGAUCUGCUAACAUCAACCAACGAUCUUUAGCUGGUACUAAAGACACAGAAAUUGCUAUGGGUGCUUAUCAACCCCAUCAUACUUGGGCUAACAAGAAAAGGCACCCUAAAGGCCAGGUGUACGGUUAUAGAUCAUCGUUGUGGGCUGAGCAUCUUGGGAUGCUAAAUGAGUGUUUUGAUGAACCGGAAAGUGUAGAAUGUGUGAGAAAAGUAAAUGAGAUUGCUGAAGAUAACUGGAAGAGAUUUACAGAAGAAAGUUUCACAUUGUUGCAGGGCCACCUUCUUAAGUACCCAUUGCAGGUGGAUGAUGAUGGUAAAGUCGAAUCCUUGCCCAAUCAAGAUACUUUCCCUGAUCUCGGAGGCAAAAUACUUGGUGUUCCUUCCAACACGCUCCCUGACGUCCUUACUACGUAAACUCCAAGGUUAGGUUAUCUUGGCAAAGUACCUGGUGGGAGAUUAUGGCGGACAAAAAAUCAAACAUUGAAGCAACUGCUGUAUCUUUUGCACAGCUUUAUUUAAAUUAUAUUUAUUUUGUUUAUUCAAUUUUAAAUUUUUGUUGUAUUUCUAACUUUCUUUUGGUAAUUUGUUAAUUGACAAAUUGUAAAUGCAGCAUUUGAAUGAUAUGAUGGUAGAUUUGCGUUUGUACUUGGUGAAAUGUAA